ACGUCACUGCGUCUGGCGACUGGCAACCCGGUGCGAACAUAGGAGAGAACGAGAACGGAACCAAAACAUAAGUAGGAAAAGGUUUUAAAACGUGGUAGAUAGUCGAUUCCUAUAAACGAGGUUUAUUUCCCGAAAAUUGUUAUUCCCGUAGGAUUGCUCAGAACACCAAAUUCUUUUAGCUAUUCUACUGCUUAAAAGAGGGUGUUUCUUUCUACAAAUCACAAAGUCACGAGUCUCAUAACACUCCCGUGACAAACUAAAAGAAUUUGUUUGCAAUUCGUAUCCGGAUUUGAAGAAUUUAAGGAAGAUGCCUCGGAAAACGAAGAGCAGCUGCAGUCUGUGUAACAAACCAGAUAGCGAUCGGAUGGUCGCCUGUGACAAGUGCCAACGAUGGUACCACUUUAACUGCGUUCAAGUCGGAGAUUCCGUUGCUAAUCGUGAGUGGCUGUGUCCCAUAUGUGACAUCGAUGCAACAGCUGAAGCAACAACAACCAUCCUUCAGAAGGAGGAUGACGUCCAAUCUCGUGUUUCUCGAGCAAGCACCUCAGCAGCCAAGGCUGCUCUCGAACUGCAGCGACUGGAAGAUCUGAAGCAGCUGGAGUUGAAGCGAAUUAAUGAAGAGCUUGCUCAUCAAAAGCAGGAGGCUGAGCUGGAGCGUAAGCGGGUCGAAGAAGAUCGAAAGCGUCGUGAGGAGGAACAGGCACUGGAACGAACGCAGCUAGAAAUUGACCGACGUCAGCAGGAAGCUCUAAAAAAGUUGGAAGAGAUGUAUUUGGCGGAGAAGUAUAAAAUCCUCCAUGCCCAAAUAGACGAAACGAGUAGCCGUAAAAGUGUAGCCAGCAGCACUCGAAAAUCUAGAACUAGCGAAUGGGUUGAGCGACUACCGGAACUGCAUAUUCCAGUGGGAACGAAAAAGCCACUGACGAACCCAUACGGUGGUGAAAAACUUACUGCAGCUGGACCUAAGGGAACAUUCUUCCCAAAUGAUCCAGUGCACAACCCAUUGCUACUACCCCGAGACAAUAGUACACCAAUAGCCAGGAAUAUGAACCAAGCUCAGCUUGAUGAUCGACGAGGAUUCCCGAAUGAAAGUACCAUAAAUCCGGUGUUAGUUCCUUCCACCGAGGAUAAACAGUGUCAACCAAUCAAAGAAACUGUUAAUACAGUGAGCACCAGAACCCUCACUAAUGCGCAAAUAGCAGCACGGCAGGUUUUGCAUAGAGAUCUGCCAACCUUCACGGGUAACCCUGAGGAUUGGCCAGUAUUUAUAAGCAGUUUCGAGAACCAUACAAAGGAGUGUGGGUUUUCUAAUGCCGAAAACCUAAUUCGUCUACAACAUUGUUUAAAGGGAGACGCCCUGGAAGCUGUUCGCGGCAAGCUCCAAGUGCCUGAACUGGUUCCCCGAGUCAUAGAGAUUCUGCGGAUGUUCUUUGGUCGUCCGGAAGUAUUGAUUACGACCCUCAUGUCGAAAAUUCGAAAUACACCAGCCCCGAAGGAAGGCAGACUAGACACGCUGAUCGCGUAUGGUCUUGCGAUUCAAAAUUACUGUGACCACAUCAAGGUUGCAAAACUUGAGGCACAUCUUACGAAUCCUACACUCCUCCAGGAAUUAGUUGAGAAACUCCCGUCGGACACUAAAAUGAAGUGGGCUGAUUAUAAAGAUGCAGCGGGUGAAACAAAUUUGGACGAUUUUGGAGAUUUUAUGUCAGAAAUGGUGCGAAAGGCUAGUGGUGUAAUGUACGCCCCACUGGGCGUUUCAAAGCCAACGAAAUGGGAAGACAACAGAACCCGAGGAGCUGUAAUAAAAUCGAAAUCGAGUUUCCAUCAUAGUGACAACGAUAACAGAAACAAUAACCAACGCAGGGAGAAGGUAUGCCCCGUCUGCGAAAAAUCUGGCCACGAUACGGAGCAUUGCGGUAAGUUUGAUGAAAUGUCUGUAGAUGAACGUCUGAACACCGUGCGACAGUACAACCUAUGUAGAUGCUGCCUGAAAAGUCAUAAUCCUUGGCCAUGUCGACGCCCUAAAGAGUGUGGUCACGAAGUCUGUCGUGUUCGCCAUCACCCAUUGCUCCACAAUUCCUCAACCAAUCCAAGUCCCCAGAACUAUCACAAAGCAGGGUGCUCAAUAAUCUACCGCAUAGUCCCAGUAACCAUCUACAACGGAUGGAAGUCAGUCGACACAUUCGCGCUACUAGAUGAAGCAUCUGCUGUGACCAUGAUAGAAGCAAGUCUUGUUGAUAGCCUCAACUUAGAAGGAAUUUCAGACCCAUUGCACCUUAAAUGGACGGGAAGUAUAACUCGAAUCGAAGAAAAUUCACGGACUUUAGAUGUCGAUAUAUCCGCAAGAGGAAAACCGAGAAAAUACGUUUUGAGAAAUGCACGAACAGUAGAAGAUCUUGAUCUCCCAGUCCAAUCAAUCGACUUUAAACAACUUUCCAAAGAAUUUCAUCAUCUAAAGGGUCUGCCUGUUGAGGAUUACGUCUCCGCUCGUCCACAAAUUCUAAUCGGCCUCGAAAAUGUUUACCUGGGAACUCCUUUGAAAGUUCGGGAGGGAGCUCGAGACCAUCCAACUGCUACUAAAACAAGGCUCGGAUGGUGCGUAUAUGGCGGUAAUCUAGCAGGACAUAACAGCAAUUAUCAUCAUGUUCAUCACGGUGAUGUGAAUAGUAAAGAUCACGCAAUGUUUGAUAUGGUUAAAGAGUUCAUUAUGGUUGAUAACCUGGGAGUCGUAGCAAGCACAACGCUAGAGUCUCAAGAGCAACAGCGAGCACGCUCAAUACUGGAAUCCACUACUUGUCGAAUAUCUACAGGGUUUGAGACGGGCUUGCUCUGGAAAACUGACGAAAUUAGCUUGCCAGAUAGCUACCCUAUGGCUGAAGCACGUUUACGUUGCUUGGAAAGAAAAAUCUAUAAAGACCCGAAGCUUGUCGAUCGGAUCAGAAAUCACAUAGCCGAUUAUAUAUUAAAGGGAUAUGCGCACAAAACAACAACCGAAGAAAUCGCCUCUGCUGAUCCGGGAAAAGUCUGGUACUUGCCACUUGGUAUUGCUACAAACCCCAAAAAGCCGGAAAAGCUGAGAUUGAUUUGGGAUGCAUCUGCUCAGGUCCGUAAUGUUUCCUUCAACUCGAUGAUGUUAAAGGGGCCUGACCUCCUCGCUUCGUUGCCUGCAAUCCUCUAUCGAUUUCGAUCUCGUCGUGUAGCAAUUUGUGGUGAUCUGAAAGAGAUGUUUCACCAGAUUAAAAUUAGAGAAGAAGAUAGAUCAGCACAACGGUUCCUUUGGAGAAACAACCCAUCUGAGAAACCCACCAUCUACACUAUGGAUGUAGCUACUUUUGGUUCUGCUUGCUCGCCUUGUUCUGCUCAGUUCGUAAAGAAUCUGAAUGCCUACGAACAUGAACAACAAUUUCCAGCUGCCGUCGAAGCUAUAGUGCAUGGCCAUUACGUUGACGAUUUCCUGGAUAGUAAAGACAACGCAGAAGAGGUUAUACAGCUCGUCCGAGAAGUGAAGUUUGUGCAUCAGCAAGGAGGUUUUGAAAUUCGCAAUUUUUUGUCGAAUUCUAAUUACGUUCUGGAACAAAUUGGCAGCGGAAACGUCCCCGAAGCAAGAGAUUUGAACAUAUCUACCCUAACAGAAUCACAGUCAAUUCUGGGUAUUCAGUGGUUAUCACGAAGCGAUCUGUUCACCUUUACGAUGAAUCUCCCAAGUUUAAAUACUGGAAUUCUUGACGGCACGAUCCGUCCAACGAAAAGACAAAUACUACGCACGGUUAUGAGUCUCUAUGACCCUCUGGGUAUGCUGGCGGCAUUCGUCAUUCACGGCAAGAUCAUCAUCCAAAAUCUUUGGAAGUCUGGAUGCACGUGGGAUGAACAGAUUGACGAUCCCAUCUUCACCGAUUGGAAACGAUGGACUAAUAUGUUUUGCCACCUAGGUGACGUUCGAAUCCCUCGAGCCUACUUCAAAGAAUCAGCUCCCGAAGACUGCCAACCGAUUCAGCUUCAUACAUUCGUUGACGCUAGCGAGGAGGCAUACGCUAGUGCAGUGUAUUUCCGUUACUUCGAUCGAGGCACCCCUCGUUGUGUCCUGGUGGGAGCAAAAGCGAAGGUAGCCCCCGUUAAACCACUCUCGAUACCUCGACUCGAGCUGCAAGCGGCGAUCCUGGGUACAAGAUUGACUGACUUCAUUCAACGCAACCACCAGAUAUCUAUCUCACGGCGAUUCUUUUGGACGGAUUCUUCCACGGUACUUCACUGGAUUCACUCCGAUGCCCGCAAGUAUAAUACUUACGUUGCUUGCCGGAUUGGUGAAAUACUGACACACACAGACAUCAGCGAAUGGAAGUGGGUCCCUACCAAGGACAAUGUAGCCGACGAAGCGACGAAAUGGGGACGCGGCCCGUGCUUUAACUCGGACAGCCGGUGGUUCCUUGGGCCGGAUUUUUUAUGGGACCAACAAGAAGCAUGGCCCGAACAAAAAUGGAGACCUGCGAACAAAAACGAAGAAAUUCGCUCAACUUGUCUGCACCAUCAGAUAAAGCCGGAAUUGUUGGUCGACCUAACACGCUUCUCGAAAUGGGAACGUCUACUGAGAACUGUCGCGUACUUAUUUCGCUUCGGAACGCCUAGGAAAACACCCAUAGUGUUUGGUCCGCACUCUUUGGAAUAUCUGGAACAAGAACACCUAAAGAAGGCAGAAAUUGCAUUGUUUCGCCUCGCACAGCGAGAAUCAUUUCCCGAAGAGAUCGCCAUACUCGAGAAAAGCAAAAAUAAAAAGCCUGCGGGAGUGGUGCCGAUCACCAGUCCGCUAUAUAAAUUAUCAGCGUUUAUCAAUGAAGAAGGAGUGGUUAAUAUGGACGGUCGUAUCGGCACCGCUCCCAACCUGCCGAUCGAAGCUAAGUAUCCCACUAUCUUAGCUAAGACCCAUCCAAUAACCUUUCUUAUUGUAGAUUUUUAUCAUCGUCGUUUCCUGCACCGCAACGCCGAGACUGUCUUCAAUGAACUCCGACAGCGCUUCUAUGUGUCGGGACUGCGAAGGCUCAUCCGAUCUGUCACCGCCCGGUGCCAGUGGUGCAAAGUGUACUUCAAGACUCCCAUUCAACCGAAGAUGGCACCGCUCCCAAAAUCGCGACUGGUAGCCUUCCAACGACCCUUCACUUAUGUCGGUCUUGACUAUUUUGGACCACUCAUGGUGAAGGUUGGGCGUUCACACGCAAAACGCUGGGUAGCACUUUUUACGUGCUUUAGCACUCGUGCAAUACACAUGGAAAUUGUCCAUAGCCUGUCAACAAUGUCUUGCAAAAUGUGUAUACGAAGAUUCAUCGCUCGUCGUGGGUCCCCUCUUGAAAUCUUUUCCGACAACGGAACAAACUUCCGUGGGGCAGCAAACGACCUUCAAGCUCAGCUGCAGCAAAUCAAUCUACAAUGCGCAGAGACCUUUACAAAUACUAACACAAAGUGGUAUUUUAAUCCGCCUGCUGCACCCCACACCGGAGGCGUAUGGGAACGCCUCGUUCGCUCCGUAAAAACGGCAUUGGACUGUUUCCACGAUGUACCGAGAGUUCCUGACGACGAGACCUUCGAGACCAUCAUCCUGGAAGCAGAAAGCAUGAUCAACAGUAGACCGCUGACAUAUAUUCCACUUGAAACCACGAACCAAGAAGCCUUAACGCCCAACCAUUUCCUGUUAGGUAGCUCAAACGGAAUCAAACAACCCCCUCAAGAGCCCAUCAAUGCUAUAGAGAGUCUUCGAAGCAGCUGGAACUUGGCCCAGCUUAUCCUUGAUGGGUUUUGGAAACGCUGGUUGAAGGAGUAUCUUCCGACGAUCGCAAGACGCACAAAAUGGUUUAAAGAUACUAAGCCGUUGGAGCUAGGUGAUUUAGUAUUUGUAGUUGACGAAAAAAGGCGCAACAGCUGGACCCGAGGACAAGUUGUGGAGCUCUUUCCGGGGAGAGAUGGUGUUGUCAGACAAGCUCUUGUUCGAACUGGUACUGGCACUAUUCGUCGUGGUAUCGGAAAUUUAGCUGUUUUGGAUGUGGUUAAAGACAGUAAGGCAGAAGUUGGCGAAGCUGAAACCUUGCCUUACGCGGCGGGGAAUGUUACAUCCACAGCAAGUAUACCGUUCAGCCCUGCGACUCUAAACGUCACUGCGUCUGGCGACUGGCAACCCGGUGCGAACAUAGGAGAGAACGAGAACGGAACCAAAACAUAAGUAGGAAAAGGUUUUAAAACGUGGUAGAUAGUCGAUUCCUAUAAACGAGGUUUAUUUCCCGAAAAUUGUUAUUCCCGUAGGAUUGCUCAGAACACCAAAUUGUGAGUUCCAUUUCCUAUUAUUAUAAUACUCCAAUUAAAAUAUAUUCUUUAGCUUUUAGCUAUUCUACUGCUUAAAAGAGGGUGU